GGGCCGGCAUAUAACCGAGCAACCGGAGGGCCACCAUCCCCACAGCUCCCCCUGCUCAUUGCUCCAACAUGGAGGCCAUAAAGAAGAAGAUGCAGAUGCUGAAGUUGGACAAGGAGAACGCGCUGGACCGGGCGGAGCAGGCAGAGGCGGAGCAGAAGCAGGUGGAGGAGAAAAGCAAACAGCUGGAGGAUGAGCUGCUGGGGAUGCAGAAGAAGCUGAAGGGGACCGAGGACGAGCUGGAUAAGUACCUGGAGGCGCUGAAGGACGCGCAGGAGAAGCUGGAGGUGGCGGAGAAGAAGGCAGCGGAUGUGAGUAUCUCUUACUGCCCCUGGGCCGCUGAGCCCAAAACCAUAGGCUGA